AUGCGGCGAGAGCCUCCAGAUGGUUCUCCUGGGCUGCAUACGCUAACAGUCACGGACCAAGAUGCGGCUGAAUUCCCUGCAUGGGAAGAUCAAACGCAACAUGCGAUACAGGGUACUGGGGGGAGACCGGGGCUCACAACCGGCUCCACUGAAGGGGAAAAUAACGCUAUUCCACCUUCCAGGGUGGCCAAGAAGACGCAAUCGGCAAUUUUAGCAGCGUUAUUGCUUGCACUCUUCGUAGCUACUGCAUUCGGGGGAUACCUUCUGAAUAUCAAACGGCGAGAAGACGCUUCACCUGCUAUUAAGGCACCCACGACUCCAACACAAUCCACAAGCGAAUCUGCAGCUCAGGAAAGCCCCUCUCCCCCAGUCCCCGGACGCAGUGGGGCCCCUGCUUCAAAUGAAGUCCCGUCACCCCUUCGAAGCCCCAGGCGCAGAGAAACCCGUAGGCCCAGAAGGACACUAAAAACCCUAAAAUCUGUGGACAGGGUAUUGACUGAAGCUCUUUCCAACGCUGCUCAAGGAUCGACGGAGGGUGCGGCAACCGAAGGAAGUCAGGACAUUCUGGCGGGUGAAGGCGAUGCAGAAGGAGAUGAGGACGGUACGUCUGAGACCCCUAAAGACUUAGCCGAGGAGUUAAAAUCCCUAGAAGAAGCAUGGAAAAGGUUUGAAAAGGCAUGGAGUUCGAGUUCGGAGACGGUCCAAGGAGCAUUUGUACGCAAUUAUAUGCCUAAUCCUACCGGGGGGAUCGCCAGUACGCCCGUGGAUUUUUAUAGGCGGCAAACAUCCUUUUGCAAGAUGGAUGCCCGUUCUGGGAAGCUUACUCCCGGAGCAAAUGCCAACACCGCGAUGGAUAUAGCUCUUGUCAAGGCGAUGCUAUGCGCAGCUUCAAGCCGCAUUUCGCUGCUGCAACAAAUUGAAGAGUUGUGUGAGACCACCGGAAUCGGCUCAGUGCUGCUUGGCAGAGAAGCGGCGGCACUGCCUCCAGUGGAUAUACUUGAGAAAGAUCCUGAUCGAGCUACCUUCGAUGACUUUAUGCUGAUGCUUAAAAAGCGUGCGUUUCGUGUCAGCGCGAGUGCUUUAGAAACGGCAGGGACGGUUCCUACGGUCUUGGCACAACGGCUAGCCGCGUCUGUCAAGUUGGAGACAAUGCAGCUGGAAAACGAUCGGGAAGUACACUCUACCUUCCAAAGGUUCGCUUUGUCGUUGCCUUGGGAUCAAGUGAAUAUCGUGCACGCAGGGGAGACGAUUUUUGGCGUGGCGCCUUUCAUGGAUGUCCUUGGCAGGACAAUCAUUGACAGAGAAACAUAUACCCUUGAUGCAGAAUCACUUGGCUCAUGGAUUCAAGACUGGGAUACGGAAGGUGUCCUGGGGCGCAUAGGUCUCAAUGAAGAUUAUCUUAAGGACGUCCUUGAGCUGCGGCAAAGUUCCUACAGUACAAGCACGCCUGACGACAUGUUUGCCGCUGCUCUUGCACUCAUCUAA